AGUGAACACGUAACAAUCAACCGAUUCAAAGAAAAGAUUUUACGCACUUAUUUUUUGAGUAUAAAAAGGCUCUUGGCUUCUCCAAUUAUAUCAUUUAAUUUUUAAGUGUAUCACAACAUAUACGCACAAUAUGUUCUCUAAAAUCAUCUUCGUCAUCGCCGUCGCAGCGGUAUGUGCCCAGGACCAUCACCAGCAUGGUCAUGAACAAGGCCACGCCUACUCCUCCCAGUCCAUCAUCCGCCACGACAUCUCCCAUGGACACGAAGACUCUCACGGACACCAGGAAAGCCAGGGUUACCAUGGCGAUUCUCAUGGACACCAUGAAAUAAGCCAGGGCUACCACGGUGCUUCUCAAGGACACCAUGAAAUAAGCCAGGGUUACCAUGGUGGGGAACAUAUUGUGCACCAACAACCCAUCCAUUACGUUCCCAUCGCCGUGCAUCACCAGGCUCCCAUUGCUGUCCAUCAUGAGGCUCCCGUGGCUGUACACCACGCCGCCCCCAUCGCUGUCCACCACGAAGCUCCCAUCGCUGUACACCAUGAAGCUCCCGCUGUACACCAUGUUGAGUCUGCUCAUCAUGAGAAGGAGCACCACCAUGGUGAACACCACGUCGACUAUUAUGCUCACCCCAAAUACGAGUAUGAGUACAAAAUCGAGGACCCUCACACCGGUGACAACAAGUACCAGCACGAGUCUCGUGACGGUGAGAACGUGAAGGGCGUGUACAGCCUGCACGACUCUGACGGCUCCAUCCGUACCGUUGAGUACUCCGCUGACAAGCACAACGGUUUCAACGCUGUUGUGAAGACUGAAACCAAGCACAGCCACGGCCACGAACACCAGUACCACCACUAAGAGAACAACCUCACCAGUACCUGAUAAUAUGUUAUCUUCUUUAUAUUGUUUCUAACUGUUAAAUAUAUUAUCUAGUCUAGUGGAUC